UCAUAAGUCAGUUCACAGCGAAGAACCAUUUUUUCUACAUAUGCUUAGUUUUUGCGUUUGUCCGGCUCUCGAUGUAAAUUCAGACCUUUGCAGGUUGUGGCAUCCUGUUGAUUAAAGUAUUUGCAGACGUAUUAGUAAGCCCGGAUCUUUCGCUUUUUCUGUUCUUCAGAUUAUCGUGCGAGAGGAAUAGCAAUUUUUGAGUUGUCAAUACCAAGUCUAUAUAGAACACGGUUUUGACUUCGUCGAAGUACCUUUGAAGGAGAAGUUAUCAUCUUUUCUUUACGCUAAACCCUUUACGAAAUAAAAUGGCGUUCGUUGGCAAUGGAGAUGCUGCUGCUACUGCGAACGGAGUUACGGAAUCUUCGGAACCAGUUGACAAACGAAAGAUUUUUGUUGGUGGACUGCCAGCCGAUGCGGGCGAAGAAGAUCUGAAGACAUAUUUUAGUCAGUUCGGCAGUGUGCAGCAUACGACCGUAAAAAGAGAUCUUGCAAGUGGAAGAUCACGAUGCUUUGGAUUCGUCACGUUUGCAGAUUCGGCUGCAGUCAAGGCGGUGGGUGCAGUUCCCAGUCACACGAUGAAGGGGAAAAAGAUCGAUCCGAAGGCUGCCGCACCCCGUCCUGGUGAAGAGCCUGUGACGAAGAUUUUUGUCGGAGGGCUUGACAGUAACAUGAGCGAAGAUGAUUUGAAGAUAUUCUUUGAGAAAUUCGGCAAAGUAAAAACAAUCGAAUGGCCGAAGGAUCGUAUGCGGGAUAAUGCCAAGAAAAAUUUCGCAUUCGUGGACUUUGAGGACGAGAAGGUGGUUACAGAACUGAUCAAGACACCCAAGCACACAAUCGGUGACCGUCAGUGCGAUGUACGCAAGGCCAUACCCCAGCAGAAAACGCAAGGUGCCCCCGGAGGAGGAUGGCAGGACUACGGUAAUCCUUACGGCAGCCCGUACGGUCCUGCUGGGGGAUACGGGGCUGGCGGGUACGGUGCCGGGGGAUAUGGCGCUGCUGGGGGAUACGGCGACGGAUCUUACGCCUCGUACUAUGGAGCGCAAGGAUACGAUCAGAACUAUUAUGCCGAUCCCAACGCGGCUAGCGGGUAUUAUGGUGGCUAUGAUUACUCGGGUGGGUAUGAUUAUUCUGGAGCCACAGCCGGCACCACGGCUGGAUAUGGUGCUACUGACGGCACCACUGCUGCUUAUCCAGCGGCUCCUGCCCGAGGGGGUAUGCAUCCGGGAGCACGUGGACGUGGAGCUCCGGCAGCCGGAUCUCCCCGGGGAGCAGCGCGAGGGGCGGCCGGAGCCGCAGCACGCGGAGCAGUCCGGGGAUUUCAUCCGUAUAUGCGCUGAAGGGCACCGAAUUGUUGCGGAGGGCGCCUGUUAGUUCCAUUUGUCAUAGCCUGACUUUUUUGUAUCUCCAAAAAUGAAAAAUCGUGUUGACGUAAGAAAUGGUAUCAUUUACUUGGACUUGUCGUUGUUUGAGACGAUAUGAGUCGUAAUAUGACAUAUUUGUUGUUUGUCUUGAACAGUAGGACUUUUGUUAUGUUUUUAUUGUCAUUGAGAAGAAAAUUUCUCAUUAACUUAUAAUGCGACAUCACGAACUGAACGGUCUUGGCCAAAGUGCCAUGUAUAAAAAUCGAAAUGGCGA